AAAUAAACUAAACUAAACAUUUCGAAUGCUUAAACAAUGCCCUGUUUUGUCAACAACAACAGUAAAAGUCAUUGCUGUUGUUUAUGACUGUAAUAUGUCAGUGCUGAGUGAUAAGUAAAGUGAAUAGAAAGGAAUGGAUCAUACCACUGCAAUGCAAGGGGGAAGGCGGGGUAGCUGCAUUUUCUUAUUAAAAUAUUAUGUUUAAACCACAUACUCUCUACUAUUGUACUUGUUCUUUUGCCAUUUUAGCACAGACAUUCGAAUUAAAACACAAAACAAAAACUAAACUUUUUUUUUUUUUUUUUUUGUCUUUAGAGGUGCUGGGACAAAGUGCAAGACACACCUAUGUCGAGGAGUUUUUAUUUGCAUAAUCAAAUUUCUGCUAAAGUCCGAGCAAGGAUCAAAGUAUCUGGUAACGCCCCCAAAAUGCAUCAAGUACUUGCGGGACGUUGGAGGGAGACAAUUCGCGUGAGUUUUAUCACAGUUUUUAAUAUACAUAGGUAUCAUUAAUUGUUAUACUUUUUUUUUUCUCAUUUCGUUAGCUGCAUAAUUCACAUUCACACACAGCGUAAUUUUUUUCAUUUUACAAAUCAUGGAGAAUUCGCAUGAAGAUCACGGACGAUCUCCGUGAUUAUAACCGUCCGAAUUUAAUAACAGCCACCUUCUAGGCUGUUAUUAAAUUCGGACGGUUAUAAUCACGGAGCUAAACAAAAUAGCUUUUUUUUUUUAAUUUUAAUUUUUAUUGUUUUCAUUGAGUUGAGAUAAUAAUGAAGGUGAAACAGUCCAUCACGUUACCCAUUACAAAAGAUGCAUUAAACACACCUCAAGGAAGUGUGUAAUUUACUACUGAAUGAAAAACUGGCAAGACUUCACGGUAUUUUCCCUCUUUCCUCUUCUUUCUAAUACAAAGUACGUCAAUGUUACUACAAUAUCUUAACCUCAGUUAUCUUAACAAUAACUUUUAAAUUCUGUUUGCUCAGUUGUGUAUGAUAUGUUUGGUAUUUUUGGUUGGAAUGUUUGGUUAUGUGGUCAUGUUGAUUUUAACAGCAAAAAUGUCAACUCUGACCUGUCAACCAUGUUACCCUGGAAAGACAGGUUAGAGGACUCAUGAUACGUUUUUGGAGUUUCCAAGAGUUCAUUUAACAUUCUAGCUAUACACUAAAUAAAAAGACUGUUUUCCGUAAAUGUUAGAAAAGGUAAACUUGUUUUUCAGGCAAAUGCCACGAUUAUCUGUUGCUGAAAAGCAGAGGUGUUACCACGAACGGCGAGAUGCUGACCCAUGCAAAAUAGGAGGCUUACUUUGCAAAACGCUGGCGGAAAUGGAGAGAAACGAGAGAGCCCGGCAAAUACUACAAGCUGAACAGCAUGAGAGAGAAGCAUGCUACCAGCUGGUUGUGGAACUUGGUGGCUCAUCAACCCAAUCCAGUCCACUUCAUUUAUAUAGCACCUAUUUUAACAAACGCAAGGUUCCCAAAGUGCUGCACAGUAAGAUAAAAAAAACAACAACACAAUAAAUAGCACAACAGAACACAAUAAAGCAAUGAAGCACACAAAAGGUUAAAUGUAAUAAAAUAAGAUAAAAUCAAAUAAGAUAAAAAUAAAAUAAAAUAGGAUAAAGACAAAUAAGAUAAAUAAAAUCAAAUGAAUAGAGUGCACUGCUCGCACAAGAUGCGACACGCUACGAUGGUUUUAAGUAGAGAUUUAAAAUGAGACAGUGAGGAGGCCUGUCUAAUGUGCAGCAGUAAUCCAUUCCACGGUUCUGGAGCUGCAACAGCAAAUGCUCGUUCACCUCUGAGUUUAAGCCUAGUGUGUGAGUGAGAAGCCGUAUCUGUGUACUUAGGAUACAAGUGUUGGCACUAUUUCAUUCUCAAAAUAUUGAUCCAAUGUAGCGCUGUUAUUUUCAUUAAAAAACGGUGCAGUUUCUUUGUUAACUGGGGAUUAUAACUGAAAAUGUAGGCAAGUGGACACAUACAGUAUUCCUCCGAGAACAGUGAGUUGUUUAAAUAUCUUAAAUAUCAGUUUUUGUCCGUGACAUAGUUGACCAAAUAAUGAGUAAACACAUCAGAUUUUUAAAUAAAUAUCUGAAAGCAGUUAUGCCUGACUUUGGCAAUUGCUGAAAACACAAUAUUUCAAGAAUCCUUUGUAAGAAAACGUAAUAAUGUAUUUGGGAAAAAAAGAAAAGUUUGUGGGGUACCUUGCGUAGCUCCUAAGAUGAUCAGCUCUGUUUUGACGGUGUUUAGAUGAGCCGAGAACUGUAACUUUUGGUUAAGUUCAGAGUUCUUGAGAUUGAUCCAUUGCUGCCUUCAAACUGAAAGCGGGAGCUUGUGGCUAUGAUUUAAACCACACAACUCAGUGAUAACAUCCGGCGUAAGCGGCAAGAACACCAUUGCAUUGAACACGAAAAGGAAGAAGCCACUGGGACUAUUAAGAUUUUCUUCAGUCAAAUUAUACAAUUAGAAAUUAGACACAAAGUAUAACUGAGUUCUUGCAAAAAACACAUUUGUGUGCUUAAAACUUCCCUUUUUAUUGCUCGGAAUUACGGCACAAGAAUCACGUUAUACACUAAGGGCUGCACUGUUUUCCUUUAUUUCAUCGCUCUGUAGUGCAUACAAUUUCUUGCAGUGAUCAACUCUCUUGAACUGCAAAUCUCUGGCCAAAAUUAUUCCCCAACAACAUGCGGCCUCAUUCAGUCUGAGUGAAUUUUGCAAUUUUGGUUGGUAAUUCCUGUAAAUUAUUCAAUAGGAGUCUGGAAAUGUACAAUGGAGACUGAUGAUAUUUUACCUAUGCAUGUGUGUUUAGUUGGUGAGGCUGUGUAUGUCACGCAGCAGGAUGCAGCCUGACACAUCCACAACAAAAAAAGAAAACUAUUUAGGAACAACUAAAUUAUUGAAAUGGCCCCACUAGAUGCCAAACCAAUCAAGUCUCUGUGGGAUGAUCCCAAGAGGCCCCUCCCCUCAACGUACUAACAAUAUCAUGUUGCCAGACACCACAGGACACCCUCAUAAGGCCCAUAUCCAUUCUUUGAUUAGUCACAACUGUUGUGGAGGCACAAGGGAGACCUACACAAUAUUAAGAAUAUUAAGAUAACUCAGACUAAAACCAGUAGAAAGCAAGUGCUCUAGGAGUUUUACUGCACUGGACUGCACAUUUUCUGUAUAACUAAGUGUAAAUUCUUCCAAAGGUCUGGAAUCACUCUUCUACUACCUGAAUGGAUAUGAGAGGGAAGAUCCUUUCCUUCCUCCUCUUUGUCACUUUGUUCAUCAUCAUCUUCUUCAUUGAGAAGUUAACCAGGACUAAUCGGUCUGUCCCACCACCACGUGGGCCUCCAGCCACUUGCCCCUUCUCAGUCUCUAACAACACCAUCACUCCACUCAGAAAUACGAAGCACUUGCUGGUGUCAGCCUUCAUGGACCAGAGAGAGAAGGGUUUUGACGUACGCAUCAUUGGGAUAUUUAAGAGGGACUCCAUCCAACCACUUCACUGCUUCUUCUGCUGCGCAGGCUGGUUAAAGAAGGAUGCUACAACUAAACACACCUGGCUUCCCAUAAGAAACAAGAAGACCAGUGGAAAGAACGAGAAAAAGCCGCAGUUCAACUUCACAGUCUGUGUCUCCAACCUGUUUGGGGACUUCAACAAUGUGCUUCAGUUCGCACAGACUCUGGAGAUGUACAGGUUGCUGGGUGUGAACAGAGUGGUCAUCUACAACACGAGCUGCGGCCCAGAGCUCGACCGCCUGUUGCAGAGUUACAGCAAGGAGGGCUUCGUGGAAAUGGUUCCCUGGCCCAUCAACAAGCAUCUAAAACCAUCUGGUGGCUGGCUCUUCUCAGAGCAUGGGGGGGACUUGCACUACUAUGGCCAGUUAGCCACCCUGAACGAGUGCAUUUACAGAUCCAUGGAGCGUUCGCGCUACGUCCUGCUGAACGACAUAGAUGAGAUUAUAAUGCCAUACCAGCACAACGACCUGAUGUCUCUGAUGAGCACGCUAGAGCAGCAGAAUCCGAACGCACAGGUGUUCCUCAUUGAGAAUCACAUCUACCCCAAAAAGCCUUUUAAUGAAAGUGUCAUGGGAUCCUUGCCUAAGUGGAGGGGUGUGCCGGGUUUUAAUAUUCUGGAGCGUGUCUACAAGGAGGAGCCUGAUAGAAACGUUUUCCACCCAUACAAGAUGAUAAUACAGCCGAGGGCAGUGGAGCAGACGUCAGUACAUGACGUGCUUAAGAUGUCUGGGCAAAGAUUCAAGGUACCACCGGACAUCUGUCGGAUCAUUCACUCUCCAAUCAAGACCCCGAUAGAGCUGCCGAUCGAGCAACUCCAUGUGGACACCCGACUGUUGAACUUUAAAGACCAGCUGUCCCCUAGUUUGAGCAAGAUAAAGAAAGGUGACCCAUAUAAGGACCCCGUGGGAAAUUGGAGGGGAUUAAAUGCCUGAGUGCAAAUAGAAAUGACAUGGAAACGGAUGUGACGGUAGGCAUGCAAAUAUUUGUGUAACCCAAGGAGUUAUACAUUCACAAUUUAUUGCAACAGACACAGUAGUAUGUAACCAGGGCUCUUAUCAUUGGAACACUGGAACAUAGUGACCUUCUUCCCUUCUUCCUGAUACGCAAAUACUUCGCAGCCCACUCAUUCUGCGAGAACAGUUCUCUGAUAGUUAUUGUGGUGUCAGUAUGUGACCUUCUCUAAGUAAUUUUACAUCCACAGAUCUGUCAAAUAACUCUCCCCAUUGGUAGGUACUGGAACUUAAAAUCACACGACAUCUCUGAUUAUCUUAACCCCACUAACACCACUCUGUUUUCCAAACACCACAGGACACCCUCAGAAAGACCAUGUCCAUUCUCUGAUGAGUCACAACUGUUUUGGAGGCACAAGGGACGGCAUUUUGGGCAGUUUGUCCAAUAUUAGAGGGUCAUAAUGUUAUGCCUGAUUGAUGUAUAUGCACAUAUAUUGCAAUCCACUGGGAUAAGGCAAAUACUAAUGUGAAGACUAUGGGCUGUGAGUACAUUUUUUAUCUGUGAAUCUAGCAUAACUUAUGGACGUGGUUGUUGUAGCCAGUGUUUUGUGUUAUGUUGUUGCGCGUAUGUGUGUGUGGUAAGUUGUUUGUGUGUGUGGUAAAUUCAUUAAGUAAAUGCAUGAAACAUAGUAAGAAUAGACUGUCCUUUACUGUCUGUCUUGUAUGACGACAUUGGAGAGCUUCUCUUUUCCAGUGCAAAACACAGUAUAUACAAGUUAGUGCAAAAAAGAUAUUAUAUACAAGAGAGGUUUAAAAUAUUAAAAUUUAAAUAUUGAAAAUAUAAAAAUGUAUAAAAAUAUGAAAAUACAGGUCUGGAAAUACGGCACACAAAGGUUGACAGACGACACAGGUGAGCAGGUGUGCGGACUUAGGCACAGAGGAAGCCAAACAGUUUUUCUACUGUGGGUUACCACAUAUACGGCGAGGAGAGAAUGUGAAUGUCUAUUGAGGUCUUUUUACGUCUAUUCAUAUCACUUAUACAAUGAGCUCUUUUUUUUUUUUAAUUAUUAUUUUUUUCUUGAGAUCCAUUUUUUUGUCUUUUCUAAUAAAUAAAAAUAAAGCGCUUAAAUAAAUAAAUAAAUAAAUAAUACGCUACCUUUUUUUUUGUACCUAACAGACCUCAUUGUUUUGAGUGUACACGUGUGGGGGUAUGCAUGUGUGUAGUAUGCCGUGUGUGUGCUUGAAUGAGGGUCUGGGGUACGGGGGGAUAUGUAUACAGGGAAUAUGUAAUAGUAAUGAGAUGAAGUGGACAUGAGUUAACAUGAGUUAUUGCACAUUAUCAGUAUAAUUAUGUUUAUAAAUAAGUAUGGGUUCUACACCCUGAGAGUAAGGAGUUGUACAGGUUAAUGGCCACAGGCAGGGAUGAUUUCCUGUGACGCUCUGUGGUGCAUCGUGGUGAAAUAAGUCUGGUGCUGAAAGAACUCUUGUGCCUGGCCAACACGUCAUGGAGUGGGUUAGACUUGUUGUCCAAGACGGCUUUCACCAAGUCAGUGAAACACCAAGUGAGUAACAAAAGAGGAAGACUUUACUUUUGAUUGCCUUCUCUGUUCCUCAAAGAGUCACUGGCGUUAACACCAUCUCGUGACACUGGGCACAUUUGACACGGCAAAACAUCUGAUUAGGCCUUGAAUUUUAUGCAUUAUGAGGAAACAUUAGGUGCUGCAUUUUGAUUUGACUGUAAUAAUAAUUUAUCCCGUGGCCAACUGAUUUUUUUGUUUCCUUUCAGAUGCCCUGCCCAGAAGCUACAUCAGUAAAUCAGUAACAUAAAAAACAACUGUCACAGAAUGAGGGAAAAAAAAACUUAAAUAGUGCAAAUUUGUUUUUGUUUUUUUGUUUGCAACUAUUAUAAUCCCACUAUUUUGUUGCCAUUGAAUCUUGUUUUAAUAAGGAGAAAUCUAGUAAGUGAAAAAAAAUCUAUUGGAGCAAACAUGAACAGAUGAUGGAGGCAGAUCGAGCCACCGCCUCUGUCGCACCACCGCACCCUCCCACACCAGGCGCGUCUUCGAGCAGCGCGUCUACCGCAGCGGCUGGAUGUGAUCUCGCGAGGAUUCCAACAUCGCGCGAUAAUCGACGUCGCCUCGCGUCGCGAGUAUUUAAAAAGAAAAGAGAAAAUCAUUAAGUUGUUUUGUUGAAACGGUUGUGUUGGAAGUGUUUAAACACGUUUAGUGGCUAUACUGUAUAUUCCAUUCUUUCUUGGAGCUGUUUGCUCAUGCUAAAUAAAACGCGAUUAAUACAGAUUAAAAAUUAAUUAUAUUAAAUUGUGAUUAAUCAAAUAAUCUAUAGCAACCCCGUGAACCGCUUGACAGCAUUAGUUAAAUCCAGUGAUGGUAGUAACACUUCUUUUUUCUUCAGUUUUUUCGGCUACGGGUAAUCUAACUUCUAUCGUUACCAUACCGUUACCGACAAUUAAAUGUGAUGCUUCCUCCUUUGCAUAGUCUCUGUAGCCGUCCUUGAAUA